ACUGCCUCAAAAAUUAAAACUGACGUCCUCCGUGGAAAUAGUCGCGCGCCGGGAAGCCGCGGAGGGUUCGCCGCGUUUGCAGGCCGACUCGAACUCCUCCUUGCAGGGUGCGUUUUAUCCGGCGCUGUCCGGGUUAAGCGGACAAACGGCGCGUAGUAGCGCGGACAGCAGUGUGCCCACUCAUGUGCCGCGGUCUGUUACAUUUUCGGGUCGUCCAAUGGUGGACCUCCCGAGCGCGACAGGGGUCCUGCCGACACAAGCACUACUGACUACCGGUAGCGGCUAUGCGCUGCAAGUUCCAUGUCGUUCUUCACAAGCUGCACACUGGAAAGAAGUAUGCAACCAUAGCCAUCAAGCUCAAAUGAGUGAUACCAGCAAAGAAUCUACAGGUGCGCCAAGCAGGGCCAUGGCAGGGCAGUCUCGGCUCUCUGCCUACCUGCUGGCCCUGCGGCCAUGGUCCUUCAGUGCCUCUCUCGCCCCUGUUGCGCUGGGAGCUGCCCUCGCCUACCGUGUGGUGCACCACUUCAGCCCGCUUGUGUUUGUGGCCAGCUGUGUGACAGCCUUGUCGGUGCAUGCGGCUGGUAAUGUUGUCAACACCUACUUUGACUACAUGCGAGGUGUUGACAGCCGCACAAGCAGUGACGACCGCACUCUCGUCGACCGCCGUCUCACCCCGGGGGAAGUUGUCCACCUGGGAGCUCUGCUGUACACCAUUGGCUGUGUGGGCUUCAUCCUGCUCGCCGGCUGCUCUGAAGCACGUAUGGAGCACUUGGCGCUCGUCUACUUUGGUGGCCUCUCCAGCUCCUUUUUAUACACCGGUGGCCUGGGCCUCAAGUACAUUGCGCUGGGGGACCUUUUGGUGCUUGUGACCUUUGGGCCCGUUUGUGUGCUAUACUCGUUUGUAGCGCAAGCAGGUCAGAUGGAUCCUGCGCCGCUCUGGUAUGCCAUGCCGCUUGCCAUGAACACGGAAGCAAUCCUGCACGCCAACAACGCCCGUGACAGGCAGCAAGACGCUCGUGCCGGCGCCGUCACUUUGGCUCUCCUGUUGGGACCCACUGGAUCUCACGUGUUCUAUGCGCUGUUGCUUUUCGUGCCCUACUUGUUGUUUGCGCUUCUCGCGGCUCGCUCGCGUUGGCUUCUCUUGCCGCUCAUCACGCUGCCCAGUGCGUUCAACCUGGAACGACAGUUUCGCGAUGGACGCCUAGCUCGUCUGCCUCAGCACACGGCGCGUCUCAACAUCUACUUUGGCCUCUUCUACAUCUUGGCUGUUGUACUGGCAGACUAUCUGCCAGGCCUGCACUAAAUGGUGCACGAGGCAUGAAUACUCGUAAGUGGGUGCAAGUCUCUCUUCAGCCCAUAAUGUGGCCUCCUCUGGACAACUGCAGGCCACAAAAAUCGCGUGUGCACGCAACAUAUCAAAGUGUACUGUUGCCCUCCCUCUCCACCACCACAAGUCUAUGGUGCAGUUGAUUUUUUUGCCUUUGAAUGGACUAGGCCUUAGGACUUUUCAAGUGACUUUUAUAGGCAUUGCUGCCACCUUGUUUGGCAGCUUCCUUUUUUUUUUUCUACAGCGGACAAUAAAAAAAGACAUGAUUUAUAGGAUUGC